UUCCCGCUCGCUCCCUUUGAGAUUUCUCAGAACAUGAACAACAAAUCUUAUCUCUUUCUUUUCUCUCUAACUCUCUCUCUUUUCUCACUCUCUCUAUCCUCUUCCCUCCACAAUGACACUAAUGCCCUCACAUUGUUUCGCCUUCAGGCCGACACUCACGGUAGCCUUCUCUCCAACUGGACCGGCGCCGACGCCUGCGCCUCCGCCUGGCGGGGUGUCAUUUGCUCCUUAAAAGCCAAUCGUGUCGUUGCACUCUCUCUUCCUUCGCUUUCGCUACGUGGGCCCAUCACUUCUCUCUCUCUUCUCGACCAGCUACGCUUUCUAGACCUCCACGAAAACCGCUUAAAUGGGACCAUUUUGCCGCUCACCAACUGCACCGACUUAAAACUCGUUUAUCUCUCCGGUAACGAUUUCUCGGCCCAGAUUCCGCCCCAAAUCUCGUCUCUCAAGCGAAUUAUCCGCUUAGAUUUGUCGGAUAACAACAUCCGUGGCCCAAUUCCCAAAGAAGUAACAAACUUGACCCAGCUUUUGACUCUCCGGUUACAGAACAAUGAACUCACCGGCCGAAUUCCCGAUUUAUCGGCUUCGCCUCCCAACUUACAAGAACUGAACUUGUCUAACAACGAACUGUACGGCCGGUUACCGGAUGGUCUGCUAAAGAAAUUCAGUCAACGAAGCUUCGUCGGAAAUGAAGGACUAUGUGGGUCCAGUCCGUUACCGGUAUGUUCCCUCACAGCUGAUAGUGCUCCACCGGAUGUUGCAUCCACUGAAACGGUGCCGUCUAAUCCAACCUCAAUGCCACAAACGCCUAAACUCGGUGAAGAUAAAAAGAAACCCAAAAAUGGUUUUAGUACUGGAGCUAUUGUGGCAAUUGUGUUAGGCAAUUGCGUCGCUUUAUUAGUGGUGACGUCAUUUGUUGUGGCCUAUUGUUGCCGUAAAGAUCGAACAAGUUCAAGUGAGAAGCAGAGGAGAAAAAGUGGGAGCGGUUAUGGAAGUGAAAAGAGAGUGUAUGCAAAUGGAGGUAAUGACAGUGAUGGAACAAAUGCAACAGAUAGAAGUAAACUUGUGUUUUAUGAAAGGAAGAAUAAGUUUGAAUUGGAAGAUUUGUUGAGGGCUUCAGCUGAAAUGUUGGGGAAGGGCAGUCUUGGAACUGUUUACAAAGCUGUUCUUGAUGAUGGAAGUGUUGUAGCAGUGAAGAGGUUGAAGGAUGCUAACCCUUGUGCAAGAAAAGAUUUUGAGCAAUAUAUGGAUGUGAUUGGGAAGCUUAAGCAUCCAAAUGUUGUUAAACUUAGAGCUUAUUAUUAUGCUAAAGAGGAGAAACUUCUUGUUUAUGAUUAUCUUCCUAAUGGAAGCUUACAUUCACUUCUUCAUGGGAACCGAGGACCUGGGAGAAUUCCAUUGGAUUGGACGACAAGGAUCAGUUUGGUUUUGGGAGCAGCCAGAGGAUUGGCGCGGAUUCAUCAAGAGUAUGGUGCAUCGAAAAUACCACAUGGAAAUGUGAAGUCUUCUAAUGUGUUACUUGACAAGAACGGUGUUGCUUGCAUUUCUGAUUUUGGGUUGUCAUUGCUUUUGAAUCCGGUUCAUGCCAUAGCGAGAUUAGGUGGAUACAGGGCUCCGGAACAACUUGAAGUCAAGAGGCUUUCUCAAAUGGCUGAUGUGUAUAGUUUUGGGGUGUUGUUGUUGGAAGUGCUUACUGGGAGAGCUCCAUCACAGUACCCUUCACCGACUCAUCCUCGUGUCGAUGAAGAGGAGCAAGCAGUGGAUCUUCCCAAAUGGGUGAGAUCAGUAGUGAAGGAAGAGUGGACAGCAGAAGUGUUUGAUCAAGAGCUUUUGAGGUAUAAGAACAUUGAAGAGGAACUUGUGUCAAUGCUUCAUGUGGGGUUGGCCUGUGUGGUGCCACUGCCUGAAAAGAGGCCUACAAUGGCUGAAGUGGCUAAGAUGAUUGAGGAUAUCAGGGUGGAGCAGUCUCCUCUAGGGGAAGAAUACGAUGAAUCGCGCAAUUCACUCUCACCUUCCCUUGCGACCACAGAAGAUGGGCUAGCUGGAUACUGAUUUUUCAUUGCCACUGCUAAAUUAUUAGUUCCAUUUUAUCAUUUGCAUUUUCUCACUGCAAAAUGUUACCUCUUGCAGGCUCUCCUUAAGACUUAUGGUUGUCUUAUGUAUUUUCUGUAAUAUUUACAAGCCUUGUGUUUUCUUAUAGUUAAGGGUGACAAGAUCUGGUGAUCUUGCCACCAACAAGAUAAUUUAUUUUAGUAUUCUGCUAUGUAAUGUAAUUUUCAGAUUUGUAUUAGUAAUUAGUAUUGUUCAAAGCUCAAGCAACUUUGCUCAAUGAUCUUGAUCUUGAGAUUG